AUGAAAGGUCACUGUUUGUUUAUUCUCACUUCCAAGAAUUCAAAACAAAGUACAACCACACUACCACCAAGAAAUGUCACUCACGUGCAAGUGGAUUGUUGUGCAACUGAAAUUCCAAACCGGAUCUUUCGGGAUUGCACCCAGUUGUGCCAGGUGUUGUUUGCGGAAAGACCGCAAAAUAAAGACAAACAGCAGCAGGAACAGCAACAUCCACAGUGGUUUGGGAUUGGACAUCGCGCUUUUGAUACUUGCAUCCUAUUGCAAGAAGUCUCCAUUCCUUCCUUUGUGACCAUCAUAGGUAAUUUGGCAUUUGGUGACUGUCGCAUGCUGACCACGGUGAAACUUUCAGAGGGUCUCAAAGUCUUGGAAGGAUCCUCCUUUUACAAUUGUUCCUCCCUGAAAGAGGUUGCCAUUCCGUCUACCGUCGAAGUGUUGGGACCGGGGAUCUUUGAAAAUUGCGUUCGGCUCGUACGCGUCAAGCUUCCAGAGGGUUUGAAGGCAAUUGAGUACUCCACCUUUCUGUACUGCAAAGCUCUACAAGAGGUGACGAUCCCAUCGACCGUAAAACGCAUUGGUAAAAGUGCCUUUCAAUGCUGCGAAUCGUUGCAAGAUAUUCCAUUUCCGCAUGGAUUGAAACGGAUCGAGGAGGGGGCCUUUGCUUUGUGCAAAUCGUUGGGUGCCAUUUCCAUUCCACCCGCAGUGGACUUUAUCGAAUACCGGGCGUUUGAAAAUUGUUCCAACCUGGUAGCGGUUCAGUUUCAAAACGGGACGAAUGCAAAACUGCGCACGGCUUCCUUUCGUGGACUGCAUUCGUUGAUGAACAUAUUUUUGCCCCAAUCCAUGAGCCCAGUCAAGAUCGUAAAGGGGGCAUUCGAAGACUGUACCUGGUUGGAAGCCGAGUUUUAUCACGGGAACCCUUCGCAGCAUGUGCCAGGACGAGUGGAUAUGGCAGAGCACGAACGAGUGGUGGAAGGAUUGUGCAAUCGAUACCGUAGCCUACCAUUGCAUAGGUUUUGCUACAAUCCGCCGACACCACACGUGCUCAACGAAGAGCUUUUGGCCCAAGUGAAGAUUGAUUCGAUUUCGAAAGAGUGUCUUCGUGUCGAUUGCUUUGAAAUGUCUCCAUUUCACAUUCUGGCCUCAUGUGCAAACAUUCGAGUGGACGUCUUUGAGCUGUUGCUGGCGUUGCUGGAUCCUCUAACAGCGCACAAGUGCUGCUCGCAAUUGGACCGAAGAGGCAAAAGCUGCAUCGACUAUUUGAUGACGCAUCCUUCUCGAUCACAAAAGGAAUCUUUUUCCAUGAUUCGAUAUAUUCUCGAGAGGACUUUUGCCGAUCGACUAUCGAAAUGGGGUUUGAAGGAUUGGCAUCCAAAGAUGUCUCGUCUCAUCAAAUCGAUUGAUCUGAAUGUUGAUGCCGACAAAAGGGCACACCUUUUAAAUAAGGUGUACAAGAAUAUGGCAAUGCACGAACGGCACGAGAAGUCAUCACUGUUGGAACUAGCAUUGUGGAACAUGGAGUUGACGCCUUUUGAUACACUGGAAAUACCACAUCAUUCUUUGGAUCGAGGCCCCUUGCGGAUCCGAUGCGGUGCAAAUGUCGUUAUACCACAUGUCACAUCGUUUUUGUAA